AUGAGACAAUUACGAGAAGAGAACGUUAAUUUGCUCAACGAGAUGAGGAACUUUGAUAGGUGGAAUUCCUUCAUAAAUAUUCUCGUAAUUGUUGUGUUGUUAAAUCCAAGUACCGACGACGAACAACCACGGCGGGUCGUACCACACCCCGAAGACAAUGAUGAACAACAAAAUGACUUAGAAAGAUUAACGCGCCAAAUUAGAGCAGACAUGGAAAAACGAAUGAAAUAA